AUGGAGAAGGCCAGUGACUCCUUAAGCUUUUCCAUUGCCUCUUUUACACACACGUUUGCUCUGUGGACAUAUUCUACUUCCCAGACACAGAAGAUAAGUAUUCAGACCGCAGCCACACUCAAGAAGCUGGCAAUUCAGUCUCUGGUGAGAGAUGAGGCUUUGGCCAUAUCCUCUCUGGAGGAUCUCCCCUCUGUACUCUUCCCAGCACUGUUCAAGGAGGCUUUCAGUGGCAGACAAACCAAGCUCAUAAAGGCAAUGUUGGCAGCCUGGCCUUUCCCCUGUCUCCCUGUGGGGGCAUUGAUGAAGACGCCUAAACUGGAAAUGUUGCAAGCUGUGCUACAUAGAAUAGACAUGCGACUGACUAAAGGGUUUCACCCCAGCAGGGGAAAACUUCAGGUUCUGGACCUGAGGAAUGUGCACCAUGCCUUUUGGAACAUAUGGGCUGGUACAGAGGACGAUAGCUGUUCUUCAGAGCCCUUGGAUGAGAAGCCAGUAGUAAAGGUCCUUCCCAGAUAUGCAGAAGCAGGCUUUGUAGAGAUCACACAAUACUACGGCUUACAAUUUCGAUGA